GAUUGUCCAGAAAAAGAACAGGCCCGAGUCGGCCCGGGCGCCGGGGUAGCAGCCGUUUACAGUGCGAGAUCAGGCGGGUGUGCAGGGAGGGGAUUCCCGUCGUCCGCCGCCGCAGAAAACGUGUCUUCAAGUAUUUAACACUGUUAACGCACCCCCACCCCCGCUCCGAAUUUUUAGCAGUUAUCAGAACUGGAAGAAAAGAAAAUCCCCUCCAAAAAUUUACCGGCUAAUUUAGUUGUGUUUUUUUUUUGCCCACAAAAUGGUGUGAAAUCCAAGACCCAGCGGCCUUGUGUUUUAGAAAAUUUCGUUGGCAAUAUAUUAUUAGAAAUUGGAUUAAAAAAAAAAAAAAACAGGGUAAGAGACAUUAAUACGAACAGAGGUUAGCAACUGGACUGUGUUUUUAUCUCAAAAACACAGCAGUUGAAAUUCUGUGUAAACCAGUAUUAAUCUAAAAGCUUUUUUCCUAUUUAGUUGUGUUUGCCUAUCAGAACUUUUUCCCAGGGAGGCACUUAGUUACUCUGCUUAAAAAUGUUCCUAAACCUUAAAAUUUGGGCUAUCCCAGGGCGUGAAAGUUUUUUGAAAAUCUUUUUUUUUCUUCUUUUUUUUAAAUUAAGUCUUUAAAAAAAUACAGCAUAAAAAUGGCUUCAAAAAGAGCUCUGGUCAUCCUGGCUAAAGGAGCAGAGGAGAUGGAGACGGUCAUCCCUGUAGAUGUCAUGAGACGAGCUGGAAUUAAGGUCACUGUUGCGGGUUUGGCUGGAAAAGAUCCUGUACAAUGCAGCCGAGAUGUUGUCAUUUGUCCUGACGCCAGUCUGGAAGAUGCAAAAAAAGAGGGACCGUACGAUGUAGUGGUUCUGCCAGGAGGUAACCUGGGUGCACAGAAUUUAUGUGAGUCUGCUGCUGUGAAAGAGAUCCUGAAGGAACAGGAGAACAGGAAGGGCCUCAUAGCCGCCAUCUGUGCAGGUCCUACGGCUCUCUUGGCUCAUGAAAUAGGUUUUGGAAGCAAAGUUACGACACACCCACUUGCUAAAGACAAAAUGAUGAAUGGAAGUCAUUACAGCUACUCGGAGAGCCGCGUGGAGAGGGACGGCCAGAUCCUCACGAGCCGGGGGCCCGGCACCAGCUUCGAGUUUGCUCUCGCUAUUGUCGAGGCGCUGAGCGGCCAGGAGGUGGCUGCGCAGGUGAAGGCUCCGCUUGUGCUCAGAGAUUAGACCAGCACUUGGUAGUGGGUUAGGAACAGGCUGCUUGUCACAUGUCCUCCCUGUGCCCACGUUACUGUGCAGAGAAGCCGUGGCGCUGUCCUCGUGAAGCGUGUGAAGCCCCUCCACAGACCCCUCCACCCGCAGCUGUGUCCCCACAUUUCAGAGCCUGGAUGGCAGAAUAAAGAGGACCUUUAAAGAACUGCCA